AUGUCCCAGGCCGGUGGCAGCCCCCGGGCAGAGGAUGCGGGGCCGUGUGUCGGGGCGCACUCGCGCACCCCGAGCCGGGGCAGCCAGCGCGUCGAGUGCAUCAUCUGCUACUCCUCCUACGACCUGGGCGUGCGGCUGCCGCGGCGCCUCUACUGCGGCCACACCUUCUGCCAGGCCUGCCUGAAGCGCCUGGACGCCGUCACCAACGAGCAGCGCUGGAUCCCCUGCCCGCAGUGCCGCCAGAACACGCCCACGCCGCGCGGCGGGGUCACCAUGCUCGACCUCGACCUGGCCACCUUCCUGGCCGUCAAGGCGGACAAGGAGCACCCGCGGGUGGCCGGCAGGUCCCCGCCCACGCUGCCCGCCAAGGGCUCGUGCAAGGAGCAGGCGGUGACCCAGCAGCCGGCGGGGCUGUGCCAAGAGCCGCUGCCCCCGGCGCUGUUCCCCCGGCGCGGCUGCUGCCGGCUGUGCCUGUGCUGCGGGGUGACCGCGGCCUUCGAGAGCUGA